CACAAAUAUCCUCCUGACAGCAUGGAUGGAGAGGAAGAUGAUCUGUCUCUGCUGACCGCACUGCUGGAGGAGAAUGAAUCAGCCUUGGAUUGCGAUUCAGAAGAGAGUAACCCCUUGACCCAGGAAAGUGGCGGACCUGAUGCCUUCGACGAGCUCUUUGAUGCCGCUGGUGACGGCGAGUCUUACACAGAAGAGGCUGAUGAUGGAGAAGUGGGACAGACUGACGACCAGAAGGAAAAUUUGGCCACUCUCUUUGGAGACACUGAAGACUUAACAGAUGAGGAAGAAGCUCCUACAUUGCAAGCAAACAAAAAUAGGGUUCAACCUGUUCCUGCCCCCCGACAAGAGAAAACGAAUCAAGAGUUGCAAGAUGAAUUAAGGAAGUUGCAAGAGCAAAUGAAGUCCUUACAAGAACAGCUAAAAGUAGCAACAAUUAAACAGGCUACAAGCCCCACCCUUCUGCAUAAAUCCCCUGAGAAGUCUCCAAGGCCCCCUCUUAAGGAGAAGAAAGUGCAGAGAAUCCAGGAGUCGUCGUGCUUUUCUGCAGAGCUCAAUGUCGCUGUUCAACCCAGAGCCAAGCGGGUGGCAAGGAUGCCAAAGGCUUCACCUGCAGAGCCAAAAAGCUCAUCAUCAAGGAUGACAAGUUUACCUUCCCAGCCUCUCCACACUACUCCUGGGAACAAACCCACUGGGAUGACAAGAAAUAAGAGCACAGGGACCCCAGGAUGUUCUGGGGAAACAGCUCAGAGUGUCUCUGUGGAAACCUUCUCCGGCCUGCGGCUCAGAUUCAGCAUCUGGCGACUGAAUGAUCUUCAUGACCUGACACGGUGUGUGUCCUUGUUCUUAUUUGGAGAAGUUCACAAAGACCUCUGGAAGACGGAACAAGGUACUGUCAUAGGGUUGCUCAACGCUAACCCCAUGAAGCCCAAGGAUGGCUCAGAGGAGGUGUGCUUAUCUAUUGAUCAUCCCCAGAAGGUCUUAAUUAUGGGUGAAGCUCUUGAUCUUGGGACCUGUAAAGCAAAGAAGAAGAAUGGAGACCCUUGUACACAGAUUGUUAAUUUGCGAGACUGUGAGUACUGUCAGUAUCACAUCCAGGCUCAGUACCGGAAGCUCAGUGCACGUCGAGCUGACCUGCAGUCCACCUUCUCUGCAGCUGUUGCCCCUAAGAAGAUGAUUCAGACCACUCUGAACAAUCUGGUUGUCAAGGGUGCAGGCUUGAUCAUUCAGGAAACAAAGCAAAAAUUCGGAAUACCCCAGAAGAGCUUAUCUUGCUCUGAGGAGUUCAAGGAAUUGAUGGACCUGCCAACGUGUGGAGCCAGAAACUUGAAACAACAUUUAGCCAAGGCCACGGCUGCAGGAAUCAUGGGAGGCCCCAAACCUGCCAUCCAGUCGAUAUCAGCCUCGGCCCUCUUGAAGCAACAGAAGCAGCAAAUGUUGGAGAUAAGGAAAAGGAAAUCAGAAGCUCUCCAGAGACAAUUUCUUCAAAGCUCAAGUGAAGUCAAGAGCCCAGCUGUGCCAUCCUCAUCCCAACAGCCCCCUGCCCAAUCUCCACGGGUGGGCGCAGAGUUCCCCAGGAUGGAAGAAAGCCCAACCACAUUGAUGCCCAAGCUUGGGCGUGGCAUCUCAGAAGGAGAUGACGUUCUCUUUUUUGAUGAGUCACCACCACCAAGACCAAAACUGAGUGCUUUAGCAGAAGCCAAAAAGUUGGCUGCUAUCACCAAAUUAAGGACAAAAGGGCAGAUUCUUACAAAAACAAACCCAAACAGCAUUAAAACGAAGCAAAAGGACGCCCAGGACGUCCUGGAAGUGAUGGAACGUGUAGAAAAGAACACCACAUCUUCUCCCCCAGCUGAGGAUGAAUUGGAGCCUGCCGUGAAGAGAAGGAGAGAGCAGCUUGCCUACCUGGAAUCUGAGGAAUUUCAGAAAAUUCUAAAAGCAAAGUCAAAGCACACAGGCAUCCUGAAAGAGGCCGAGGCCGAGCUGCAGGAACGCUAUUUUGAGCCACUGGUGAAAAAAGAACAAAUGGAAGAAAAGAUGAGAAACAUCAGAGAAGUGAAGUGUCGGGUCGUGACGUGCAAGAUGUGCAACUACACCCAUUUCAAGCCUCUGGAGACCUGCAUCGCUGAACAGCACGACCUCCACUGGCACGACGGCGUGAAAAGGUUCUUCAAGUGUCCCUGUGGGAACAGGAGCAUCUCCCUGGACAGGCUCCCAAACAAGCACUGCAGUAAUUGUGGCCUCUACAAAUGGGAACGAGACGGAAUGCUAAAGGAAAAGACUGGUCCAAAGAUAGGAGGAGAAACUUUGUUACCAAGAGGAGAAGAACAUGCCAAAUUUCUAAAUAGCCUCAAAUAACCCUGAAGUCAGGUGUUUUGCCCCAACCUUCUUUUCCUCCUGUGGCUCUGGAAAGGCAGCGAAUGGGCUCUGGAUUGCCCCUGUGUUCCUAACUGACACCAGCAAAAAACGAUGCUCGUUAAGCCUAUAAGCUUUGCUUACUUCUGUCGUGUGGGUUUAACACCAAAUUCAG